CUAUGGCGGCUUCCAAGAGAUCUUUUGAAUCCAGAAUAGCAAUGCACAGAGCUAUGAUUUCAUUCCCACUUGGAAAACCUCCUGGCAUAUCAGCAUCAACAUAAGUCGAACAGACCACUUAUUCCGGACUCUCGAGUUACUGCCGAUACCCUGAAGUGGUCAGUGGACCACCGUAAUAUGCAGCUGAUUAGUCUUCAACCAGUUGAGGGGUGGGAUCUUCUGUGCCAGAUAAAGAGAAAUCCAAAGACCUGGUCGAUCUUUAAAAAUUCCGAGAUGGAAGAGGGUAACAAGAUCAACCUCAAAGCUGAACUGACUGCGGCACGAGGACAUGUUUUGAUCCGAGCAAUCGCGGUGGUCACCACACCAAGUUUACCUGUGCAGGCUAAAAUAUCGGAAACCUUGGAUGACAAAGUCGACAUGAUCAUUGUGGACGAGGCUUCCCGCAUUUGCGAAAUCGACACCGUCGCCCUUGUGGGAUGUUACCCAAAUGCACCUGGAAAGGCUCUUUGUGGCGAUCCCAAUCAGUUGGCACCAAUAGUACUUGAUCAGGACUCUCGGGCAAGACAAACCGCUGUACCUCUACAAGCUUGCUUGACCGCCAAUGGCACACCAGCGGUCAUGCUUACCAUUUAGUAUCGAAUGGACCCUGAGAUACUUAAUGAGGUUGCAUACUAUGGACGAUUGAUCGUGCAAGAAUCGGUUCAGCCCAAAAAUCGCCUAAUUAUGAAGCUAUUGAACACUUUCAAUCGAGAAACUUUAGGAUUCACUCGACAUGCCAUCACGUUCAAUGUCGUAGAUACGGAGAUUUAUUAAGUGGUGCGUACUGGAUCCAAAUAUAACCCCGAAAUGGCCUGCGCUGGGCUCAACAUCGCCCCAGGGCUGGGAAUUCGAUGUUGUCGUCGUCGUCGUCGACGUUACACUCGGAAAAACAGCAGGCUUUUUAUGUUAUCUGAAUCGGAAUGUGGCUAUAAACAAUCGAGCCGGAUACCUCAACAUCUGGAUGGUUGAUCGAUGAGCGUUACUCUACACGACGCGUGUGGCCGUGCCUCAUGCUUUCACUCGUGCCCUUGGAGAGAACAAAGACGACGUUCAAGUCGCGAAGGAGCCGUUUGCUGGAAGAAAGGAUCUGAAAUGGUUGAGAGACUCCGAGUUCUACCAGCCAGACAUGAUUGAUUUUGAAGAAGUGAUCGCAGGUGAAAUGGAGAAAGGAAACGAUGCGAAACAGGGUUGGGAUGAUGUAGGUCCUGGAGAACAAUCAACAGGUGUCCAGGACGAUCCAACACAGGAAACACAAUGGUAAUCAUGGUCAAAGGACAUGAUGCAUUCAAACUCGGGGAUUAACAAGGGUGAUUUUCUAUUUCGAUUGAGGACAGCCAAUUUGUACAGCUAGGGGCAGGGUUGUUACGUGGUUGCCUCGGUUGAAAUACCAAAGAUGGAGGGUGACCCUGCCCCAUUGGCUUGUUGUCUUUUACUUGCUUUACUUCCAUAGACUCCGUCUCUUUUCUCUCCCUUCAGAGACGGCCACCACCAAUAAAGAAAUCACAACAUUCAA